GGAUGUCGAAUUCUGUCACGUGCAAAAAGUGGCGUGAAAAUUUUGAAUCCAUCGGCUGUGUUAUACCCAAUGGGCUGUCGAAUUCUGUCACGUGCAAAAAGUGGCGUGAAAAUUUUGAAUCCAUCGGCUGUGUUAUACCCACUGGUAGGUACAUGUGCCGAAAAUAAGCCAGUGCGUCUUAAGCUGCAGAAGGGAGUGCAGUACGCGUGGUGCUCAUGUGGAUUAUCCGGAAAACAGCCGUGGUGCGACGGUAGUCAUAAAGCGGAAGGUGUCACAACACUGAGACCUGUUGUUUUCGAAGUUGAAGCUGACGGAGAAUACAGUAUGUGUCUGUGUAAAGCUACUGAGAAACGUCCGCUCUGCGAUGGCCAUCACCGCAAGCUACAGGUGCGGAAACGUCGAUACGAAGGUCAGCCGCAGUACUGCGCAUAUGUUGAAUCGCCUGUAUAUGAAGGAGUAGCCGAGAAGCUUGGAUACAACCCCAAGCACAGACGCUGGCACUUUUAA